UGGAGAAGCGAAAACAAGAGUGCUGCAUGCAAGACUACUUGGAGGGAAAUGUCUGACGCCGACGCAACAACUGCCGAAAUCUAAGCCGCCCCUGGCAGCAGUCCACGACCGUAAUCUCCAGCGGGGGCUGCCCCGAGCAUCGCAUGAACGCGUGCUCCCCUCUAUCAGCGCACAGUUUCGCCCGCCGGCACAUCUUCCAACCAACGAUGGAGGCUGCUCGGAGAGUCGUCGCUCGCGCAGUUCCGUUAAUCGCCGCCCUGUUGGUGUGGACCUGCUGCCAGCCGGCCGAGCCUGUUUCGCUGGAGCGGUACCUACAGGACCCGCUGCCGGUGCCCGACUUCAAUAUAUCCACUCGCUCGUCUUUGGUGACGGUGCGCGGUCGCUUCUGGGACCUACAGCUUCACGGGCUGUCCGCGACCCGGCUAGAACGGGCCACGGCCAACCUGACCGGACAGACGGUCGAACUUGCGACGCGCACUGAGCUGGUCUCGCUGCGGGGCCAGUACGUGCUGAGCGGGGACUUCGCCUUCGUCUCGCUGCACGGCAACGGCACCUUCUGGAUGAACGCCGCCAAUGCGGUGGCGACGGCCCGCGCCGAGCUGGAGCGCGGACCCCACGGGGGACCAUGGGUGCGAACGGUUAGCGCGAAGCUGGAGGUGGACAACAUCAACCUGCACAUGGAGAACCUUAUGGGCGGCGGCCGCUGGUCGACCUUCAGCAACUCGCUGCUUAACCAGAUCAGCGGCACGGUGUUCAAGCAGGCCGAGCAGUCUCUUCGAGGCGAGAUCGAGGAGAACGUGCGGCGGCGCGUGAACGAGGAGUUGUCUCGCGUGCCGGUGAACCUGACGGCCGCUCGGAGCGAGCGGCUGGUGGACGCCCUGCUGGAGCGCACCGCCGAGCAGCUGCUGCUCGUCGACCCGUACUCGCUUCCGGACCAGGCGCGCUCCUUCGACCAGGACCUGCUCGUGCUUCGCGCCCAGGGCGAGAUGCGCCUCGUGGACGGCACGCUGCACGGCCUGGCCACUAUUCGGCGCACGGGAGACGUGCUCGCCUUUUACCAGGACGGCACGCUCCUGCUCGAGGCUGACGUGGGCUUCUCGAACCUGACGGGUCAGUGGCGCUGGUGGGCGCAGCUGCUGGGGGCGGGCCCCUCGGGCGACGCCUCGCUCGGCGUGCAGGGCCUGUCGCUGCACCUGCGGCUAGCGCUGCCCUUGCAAGACGGGCACAGCCCCACUGUGCUGGGACCCAUGCGGCUUGAGGCCCUCGAGCUGCGUGACAUCGGCCAGGUGUGGCUCAACCUGGGUGGCCUGGGCACAUUUGACUUCUUGCUGGAGGCGCUAGUUAACCUCGUCACCAACAUGUUCAAGUGGUCGCUUGCCGAGGCCGCCCUCGGAACCGUGGCCGUCGCCCUGAGGACAGAGAUCGCCCAACUGCCACCCUUUGAGCUGCGCUAAGCAGAGGUUUACACUGGUCGCGCGAUUACUUGCCAAUGGCGACCAAAAUGCGACUGUCGAUGUUACCACACUAUUCGAUCGCACGCUUUGCCACAAAGAAUGUAAUUACCGAGGUCACACCGGACAGUCACAACACUUCUAGAAAGCAAGUGUGUGCUUCUCUAUCCAUCCAAAUAUUUUUCUUGCUUUUUUUUUCCUUAGCCGGCUAGGCCACAGUAUCCCUGGCCACCCGCUCCAAAGGGAAUAGCUUCCUAUUGUCAUCAUUAUCUGCUCACACAAUACUUGCUCCAGAAGGAUGACUGCGUCAUCGUUGAUUGUAAGCCCAUUGUAGCUGCCCUGCUUUGAGAUGGCACCAAAAUCUUGGACAUUGUCUUGGGGGGGAGUGCAAACCCGUGUUGCACCACAGAUAGGCGUGGGGAGAGGGGUGGUAAGACUUGAGGGAGGCAGAAGUUCUGUUAAUAAAAAAAUAUAUAUAUA